UGCUGCAGAAGAAGAAAAAAGAAAGCGUAUUUGGACGAGAAAUUGGGUGAAACGCAGAGAAAUUCAUGGAGCCCAUAAUACCCUGUUCCAAGAGCUGCGUUUUGAAGACAGGGUGGAAUUUGGAAAGUAUUUGCGAAUGAUGCCGUGCGAUUUUGAUUAUUUAUUAAACUUAGUGAGCAGCAAAAUUAAAAAACAGGAUACGAUUAUGCGUUGUGCAAUUUCACCAUCUGAGAGGCUGCAUGUUACUUUACGCUUUCUAGCUGGUGGGUGUUCCUAUUCAAAUUUACAGUAUUUGUUUAGAAUACCUAAACAAACAUUGUCAAGAGUGAUACCAGAAGUAUUGGAUGCUUUAUGGGAAUGCAUGCAAGAUUACAUAAAGACACCAAACACUGCUCAGGAGUGGCAAGCCAUAGAAGAAGCUUUUGCUGAAAAGUGGAACCUGCCACACUGUGUUGGUGCCAUCGAUGGAAAACACGUUAUGAUAAAAGCACCAGCAGGGGGUGGCAGCACUUUUUACAAUUAUAAAAGUUUCAACAGCAUUGUGCUGAUGGCAUCAGUUGAUGCAGAUUAUAAAUUUACAUUUAUUGAUGUUGGAUGUAAUGGACGAAUAUCAGACGGAGGAGUUUUUGCCCAAACAAGUUUAUUUUCGAUGCUAGACAAUAACUUGCUUGAUCUGCCCAGCCCAACACCUUUGAUUCCAGGUAGUGAGCCUGUGAAUUAUUUUAUGGUUGCAGAUGAGGCGUUUCCUUUGAAAUGUUAUCUGAUGAGGCCAUAUCCUGGUAAGGCAAGGCGUGUUGUUGAAAAUGCAUUCGGGAUAUUAUCAAAUAGAUUUCGUAUCUUGAUGCAACCAAUACAGCUGCCUCCUGCGACAGUUGAUAAAAUUGUUUCUGUAUGUUGCUGUUUGCAUAACUUUCUACGAGAAAGACCGUCCAGGCAAUUGUAUACACCAAGAGAACUAAUCGAUCAUGAAGAUGAGGACUUUAAUUUUAUACCUGGAUCAUGGCGAAAUGAGGAAUCGCUAAGUAAGAUGAAAUCCCUGUGUAAACAAAAUGGUUAUAACACAGGGUCUGCUGAAGCAAGGCUAAUGCGAGAAAAAAUUUGUGAUUAUGUAAAUAAUGAAGGAAAAGUUGCAUGGCAAGAUAAAUUUAUAAAAUAUUAUUAAUUUCUCAAUAUAUGUUAUUCAAUUUAUGUUCCCUGAUUUCUCAAUAUAUGUUAUAAUAAAAGAUAAAGAAAUAAAGAUUAUUUAUAAGUAUUUUUAUUUUAUGUUACAAAAUAAUGUGGUAAGUAAUAAAUAUAUCUAAGUUUCUUAUUUAUUCUGUGUUGUUCAUGGAAUCUAAUACAUUUUGUUCUGUCUGUGCAUCUGUGAGAAUUUGGUAUAUUUUAUAUUUUGUGUCUGUGAGGAGUUGAGGGUCACGGAUUAGACUUAGUUCGGAACCAACAAAGGAACCGAACUGUGUAAAUGUAUUUGGAGUAGUGUUUUUUGAUUUUAAUAUUGUAGAAAUUUCUUCCAGUGUUGUUGUGGCUGCUGUGUAAAUGUGAUCGUGUUUCUGUUUUUUGUUUGAAGUUGUAGUGUUUGAUGUGUGUCUUUUUAGCUGUGGUAGUGUUUGUGUAUGACAUAGUUCUCUCUGUGUCUCUUCAGUGUCUUCAAAAUCGUUCAUGUCAAACAUCUCCUCAGAAUGACUGGUAACUUCUGCACUUCUUUCUUGUGUACUAGUAUCAUUAAAAUCC